UGGCCAAUACUGAGAGGUGGCGUCGCCAUCUUGCCGCGGAGUGUCUGUGAGGGGAAUCGCUGACUCGGCUGAGCGGCUUUCGAGAGUGUUGGCUUUUUUCUUCUUACUCGUGCCGCUCCGGUCCCACUAUGCCACAAUACCAGACCUGGGAGGAAUUCAGCCGCGCGGCCGAGAAGCUCUACCUCGCCGAUCCCAUGAAGGCACGUGUGGUUCUCAAAUAUAGGCACUCAGAUGGGAAUCUGUGUAUCAAAGUAACAGAUGAUUUAGUUUGUCUGGUAUACAGGACAGACCAGGCCCAAGAUGUAAAAAAGAUUGAGAAGUUCCAUAGUCAGCUAAUGCGACUUAUGGUAGCUAAGGAAUCCCGAAGUGCUGCCAUGGAAACGGAUUGAAUAGUUUGAAGUGAAAGCUCUGGUGGUCACGUUUUUAAGGAAGAAAAUAUCACUUGAAUUCAAGAAAAUGUUGGGACAGAAGAGGCUUUAUAUAACUCAGUGGGCCCUUUAAAAAGCCUGAGAGCAUUUUUUUCCUGUGUAGCUUAAAAAAAAUUCUAACUUCAGCUAGCUAUAAAUAUAUAUAUGCUUUCAGUUGAAAGCUUCUAUUUAUUUUUGAAAUUUAAAACAAGCUGAAAAGUUUUUACAGGUUAUUUGAUGUUGGGCAAAAUUUGUAAAUAUGAUCUCUUGUAAAUUUGUACCACUAAUUUGAAGAGGAGAGAUUGGCCACCUUUAUUCUGUGAAAUGCAUCUGGCCUUUAAAGAAAGCUAAAUAUUGUUUGUUUAGUUUGUUUUUCAUCUUUAACUUAGAGUUUAAGGUCUUUUUAUUGAAUGUAUUUCUCUACAGAUAUAAUUUUGUCUGAUAAAACACAUUUCUGACCAAUAAACAUAAGAUAUGCUAACAGAAAUUAAUUUUGCAUCAUAAUGAAGGUAAUUAUUUGUAGAAAUGUUAUAUAUCUUCUUUGAAGCCAUACCUAAAAUAUGGAUGUGCUUUCCAGAUUUAUACUGUUUUUAACCCUAAAAGAGUCCAUUAUCUCAUUGAACUUAUAAUUCAAGAUAAGAACAUAACUUUUGAAUCCAGUUGUCUGUGAUCAGAAAUUUUUUUUAUAAAUGAAUAUGAGUGACCACUAUCCACCAAAGGACUGAAAAUUGUUAUUACAGAAGCCUCUGUUAUACUUAGUCUACUUAUAGAAAGUUUCUCAGAGGGCUAAGGAUGAAUCGAACAGUAUAGCUAUGUAUAACCUAUUUAUACUCUUUUUUUCUGGUUUUGUUAACUUCUUAGAAGUAACGGAGGUGCUAAAAAUGAUAUAGCUCUUGUAACUAUCUAUUGUGAUGGCUAAUGAACUACAAGUAAAUCACUGAGGAUUGAUAA